CAUCUUCGAAGCUUGCAGAGCUUUCCAGACCGCCUCCUUUUAUAUAAACGGCAUCAACGUUCGAUUAUGUUGCAAGUAAAAAUAAACCGAUUUCUCUGUUUCUUUAGAGCUCUGAUUCUGUUUCAACAACGAUGCCGAGUAGAUAUCCAGGAGCAAUCACCCAGGAUUGGGAGCCUGUGGUGCUGCAUAAGUCCAAGACCAAGGCCCAAGAGUUGCGAGACCCGAAGGCGGUGAAUCAGGCCCUGCGGUCGGGCGUGCCGGUCCAGACAAUAAAGAAGUUCGAUGCCGGAUCAAACAAGAAGACGGCGCCGGUAGUAAACGCAAGAAAGUUGGACGAGAGUACCGAUCCAGGGACGCUGGACCGUGUGCCGGGUGAGGUGAGGCAGGCAAUCCAGAAGGCGCGGCUGGAGAAGAAGAUGAGCCAAGCGGAGCUCGCAAAGCUAAUAAACGAGCGGCCUCAGGUGGUUCAAGAGUAUGAGAAUGGAAAGGCUGUGCCCAACCAGGCUGUUUUGGCGAAGAUGGAGAAGGCCCUAGGCGUGAAGCUUAGGGGAAAGACUGGCAAGUGAUUGUUUGUAGGAACGACAACGUAGUUGGACAUAUAUCGCGUUGUUGGUUCUUUAGAUUUGCCUGUACUCUCUCAAUGUUUUUUCCAUCUUUAGGUUGUGGAAAGAUCUGAGAACAUGUUUGUGAAGUGGAUAAUUGAAAAUACCUAUAUUAUGUUGAGACUGUCUAGAACGGUAAUCUGCCCAUCUAUGCAGAACUCUUUCGUUUAAAUGUAUAUGUGUCUGUGAAGUUCAAUAUUAGUUCUCGCAUCAUUCCAUUACCUCCCACAAGAAUCGAUCGGUAUGGAUACAGAUUGCUUCUUUUCCAUUGCAAUGGAUUGGAUACAUCUCAGAUUCUCAAUUGUUACCAGACAUUCAAUCGGUGAGAAAUAAACUGAAUAAAAAUGAACAGCUCUCAAUUGUUCCACUCA